AUGAGGUAUUCUGUGCUAGGAGCUACGGCCCUAGUUGCCGCUGAGGCUCUGGCCUCAGAUCAUUAUCAGGCACCAUUCCAAGCGCAUAACGAUAAGGAUAGCUUUCAUGCUAGAAUACGCGAAGGAAUCUUCACAGACGACAGUAGAGACAUCACACCCGGGAUAAUCAGUGAUCCGCUCAAAGUCGCCAACAAGACAUACGACUAUGUUAUCGCAGGUGGCGGUCUCACCGGCCUCACACUCGCCGCCCAGCUCCUUGAGACGCCCAAGGCAAACUUUACAGUCCUAAUCAUCGAAAAUGGUUUCUACGGUUCCCAGCACGGUCCCAUAAUAGACGACCUCAACACCUACGGCCAGAUCUUCGGCAGCAGGGUGGACCAUGCCUAUGAGACCACUGUGCAGCCGGUGAACAACCGCGCCCAGAUCAUGCGAUCUGGAAAUGGCCUGGGUGGGUCGACUCUGGUGAACGGAGGGACGUGGACGCGUCCACAUAAAGCCCAGCUCGACUCCUGGAGUACGGUAUUCGGUAACACCGAGUGGUCGUGGGACAAACUAGUACCAUACAUGAACUCCAUCGAGAAGCCACGGGAUCCAACGGACCUAAGAUACAACAUCACCCCCGGCUCUUGGCAUCAUUUUGAUCCUAAAUGCCAUAACCAGGAUAAUUUCACCGGCCGGGUGCAUGUUGGUGCUCGUGAUCGUGGUUCGGACCGUGGCUGGUCGCCGGUUAUCCCGGCUCUUAUGUACACUGUCAACCAGACCUACCCGCAGGUGUCGAACCAAAAGGAUCUCUGCUGCGGAGAUCCCCAUGGUGUGUCUAUGUUUAUGAAUACUUUGUCUCCUGGGCAGGUUCGAGCGGACGCUGCCAGGUCCUGGUUGUAUCCGGUGGUGGCAAAUGAGACCACGAGACAUCGUGUCACCGUUCUGACCGGUCACAUGGCUGGAAAGGUUCACCUUCAGAAGAAAAACGACCCCAGCUCUGGCGCAAAAUACAAAGCCACAGGCGUCGAAUUUGGCGUCCACAAUCAAGAUGGCUGGAAGUGGGAUGUCACUGCCGAACAGGAGGUUCUUGUCGCUUCCGGCUCGGCCAUCUCCCCUCUCAUCCUUCAAUAUUCCGGCAUUGGGACCAGGGACGUGCUCGAUAGCGUAGGCAUCGCACAGAAAGUGGAUCUCCCAGUCGGCCUGAAUCUGCAAGAGCAAACCAACACAAAUCUCAGAACAGAAGUGGUGCCUAAGGGGAACGGGCAGGGUCAAGCGGCCUACUUCGCCGCGUUCGAGGAGGUCUUUGGCCCCGACGCGAUGGAGUACAAGGGUAUCCUCAACAACCAUGAGAACCUCAAAAAGUGGGCAGACGAAACCGUCAGCGGCGGCGGCUUUCACAACAAAACGGCACUCCUUCUCCAGUACCAGAACUACCAAAAGUGGCUCCUGGAGGACAAUGUCGCCUACGCCGAACUGUUCCUAGAUACAGACAACAGGAUCAAUUUUGACCUGAUGAACUUUAUCCCAUUCACUCGCGGGUAUGUGAAGAUUCUCAACAAGGAUCCUUACCUCCGCAGCUUCGAAUUUAACCCCCGAUUCUUCGAGAAUGAGCUGGACGUUGCGGGCCAAGCUGCGGUCUCCAGACUUGCGCGUAACUUGACUAGGUCCUAUAACAUGACAGAGUUUGCUGGUAAGGAGGUUGUCCCCGGUGAUCUGCUGAAGAUGGAUGCUACUUUGGAGGACUGGAAGCACUACGUGAAGCAAAAUUUCCGUGCCAACUAUCAUCCAGUGGGCACCUGCUCAAUGAUGGCCAAGGAGCUUGGUGGUGUGGUUGAUCAAAAUGCCCGAGUAUACGGUGUGGACAGGCUACGUGUUGUGGAUAGCUCUAUCCCUCCUACCCAGCUGUCUUCCCACGUUAUGUCGGUGUUCUAUGGCAUGUCUGUGAAGAUUGCGGAGGCUGUUAUUGACGCCUACCAACAUGAAAAGUAA